UGAAUGUGUGUGUUUAAUUUAAAGGUGAUGAUAGUGUUGUAUAGAUAUAUUUUAUGUGGUAGCGGGUGGUAAUCGUGAUUUUGGAAAGCAGCUGUGGACGUCACCCCAGUUGCGGCAACGAUCGUCAGGACGACAACACCACACCGCAGAAAUGUCAGGGAAGCUGAAACAUCGUAAUGCAGCUAACACUGCUGAAGCAGCUACAGUCACAGUGAAUGAGAAGAUACUGAAGGAAUGCCAUAAUCUCUACACUGAUGCUGAAAAUGGGCUGGUUGCUAUUGGCGAGAGCCUGGGUCUUAAACUUCUGCCUCCAAGAAAAAAGAUCAAUGUGAUGCUCAUGGGCAAUCACUCUGCUGGCAAAAGCUCCUUCAUCAAUUGGUACGUGGAGGAGCAUGUGCAGAGGACGGGUGUUGCCAUUGAGACCCAGGGCUUUAGUUUCGUCACCAGUGGCCGCAAACGGGAGUCCCUCACGGGUAAUGCUACUCUUCAUCUUUAUCCACAUUUCAAAGCUCUCCAAGAAAUUGAUGGAGUUGUGGAUUACCUGAACACUGAAAUCAGUACUUCAAAGCAAAAGAAGUUCAGCCUAGUUACAUUUAUUGAUACUCCUGGUCUUGUUGAUGGGGACAUGAAGUACCCAUUUGAUGUGAACCAGUCAAUGCUUUGGCUAGGUGAUUUGUGCGAUUUGAUUUUCGUCUUCUUUGAUCCAAUUGGGCAAGCACUGUGCAAGAGAACUCUUAAUAUUGUUGAGAAACUGAAUGAAACUCACUCAGAUCGAAUCCGCUUCUAUUUGUCUAAGGCUGAUGAAGCUGGCCAUGAGAGUGACAGACAGAGAGUGAUGAUGCAGAUAGUGCAGGAGCUAUGCAAACGACCAGGUUUAAAUAAGACGGGCUUUGAAAUGCCUACCAUCUAUAUCCCCAAUCCAAAUAAACCCACUCGGUGUGUGAAUCAGGUUGAGGAAGUGUGUAAAGACAUUGAGAAGACCAUUAAUCAGACAAUUCAGAAUACCCUAAAUCAGUUGGAACGUGACUGUGAGCAGAUAUCACAUCUUGUGGAUGAAGCAGUCGAAGCUGAUAAUAGAGCUCGAUCCUACAACUUCCGGGCCAAGAUGAAGGGAAUGGGUCUAUCCUUGUUUGGAUUCUUCCUCCCUGUAGCAUUGUUGUUACAGUUAUUAGUGUCAACUGCUCCCAGGGAUCUUUUAAACAAUUUGGUUGGGUCAGAUAUGGCUGAAGCUAUUUCUUCCUUUAUGUCUCCAACAACUGCAUUUUGGGAAACCAUUGAUGAUGAAAAUCAACUUGUUGUGUUGACCAUAGUUCUGGUUAUAUCGGGAGUGUGUCUGCUCGUUUCCCGUUACAUAAAUCAGCCUUUACCUACCCUUCAACGUCGCUCUAAGAAAGCACUUGCUGAGAAGCGAGAAUUUGUCAACAGUCACGUCAAGGCUCAAAAGCAAAAACUCUACUCUGAAUACCUGCAGCAGAGUGUUUCAGAACAUGAUUUAUAAUUGGAUUGUUAGAAGACCAAGAUGUGCAUUUAAUCAAUCAGGAAAGAAGACAUCUCUUUCUCUGCAGUACAAACUAAUGUAUAUUCACCCUGUGCCUAAACUUCUAACCAUAAUCCAAACAAAGCCAUAUUUUUGUAAAACCAAUGACUAAAUUAUUUAAUACAGAUUAAGUUGUUUGUAUGGUGCAUGUGGAUUAUGAUAAGUAGACUGGUAUCCUGAUCAAUCUUUGGUAAAUGUAGCCUAUAUAAUUUAUUCAGAGUUUUAACACUGUUAUUUGUGUGUUGUACAUGGAUUAUACCUAUUAAAUGUAGUUUAAAUAUUGUUUAAUGCUCAUUGAUUGUUUUCUUAGCUCACCUGGUCUAUUGUUUUAACUAUUAUAGUGCUUAUUAUAUAUAUAUAUAUAUAUAUAUAUAUGUCAUCCUCUGGGCUGUUUACCUAAACUUGUUAUUAGUUAGAAUUUCAAAGUAAUAAUAGAUGCUUGUUAUUUAAUGACUUAGUAUCAUUUAAUUUCCAAAGCGAGUCAUAAAUAUGCACCUUUGAUAUAGGGAUGGAUUAUAUCCAAAAAUAUAAAACCACAUACUACAUGAAUUGGGAGAUAUUUAUUUGCAAACUGUAUUCGCCUGAACGAAAAUGGUAUCGUAGCUACUGAACAUUAAGGGUGCUUUGUGUAGUAUUUGUGAUUUCAGAUAUUGUAUCUUAAAUAUUACUAUUGUGAUUUGUAAUAACUUUUAUAAUAAAGAGGUCAUUGUA